CGGCCGAUGACUGAGCCAUCUACCACUACAAAACCCCAUGAUGCAAACUUCUCUGCCUUCAUCCAGGACAGAUCAUUAUAUUUCUGGGAAGCAUUCAACAUGGCCACGACUCAUACCACUCUCCAAGCGCCCUUCGAGACACUUUCCCUGGCAAGCAGUAGCCAGAAUGAAGAUCCCCCAGAGACUCGUCGGGCGGGGCGAGUCUUUGAAACUGACCCUGCAUUCACGACAAGUCCAGCAUCACGUCGACUGAUCAUCUCGCUACUGGUUUGUGCAAAUACGAUUCAGUUCAUGUCCAAUUGUGUCACCAUCGCUGGCGGUCUAGCUCUGAGUAAAGAUCUGGGGCGUGAAUCAGGUCCCGGCAAGGCGAACUGGAUGGUCGCUUCGUAUCCACUCACUCAAGGUGCAUUCGUCCUGGUGACUGGCCGACUGGGCGCCAUCUACGGCCACUCUCAACUCACCCUUCUCGGCUGUGCAAUCUUCACCCUCUUCUCUCUCAUCAAUGCCUUCACCAAGACAUAUGACUCUUUCAUCGCCAUGCGCGCUUUGACAGGUGUUGGUGGCGGUGUCUUUAUGCCCAAUGCCGUCUCAAUUAUUACCACCAUGGUUCCACCAGGCCGAUCGCGAAACGUCGUUUUGGGUUUCUUCGCAGCGUCGCCGCCUCUGGGAGGAAUGAUUGGCGCAUUAAUCGCGGGUGUGUUUAUUGAUAAUGUGAAUUGGGUGUGGCUUUUUGUUCUCAUUGCUGGUAUCGCGGCUUUCAACCUGGCUUGGUUGGCGUACCUCAUGCCGAAGGAAACCCCAGUUGACAAGGGUGGGCAUAUCGAUAUUCCUGGAAUCAUCUUGGGACUGGGAAGUUUACUACUCUUUAACGUAGUAUGCAACCAUGCACCAUCAGCUGGAUGGAACGCGCCCUACGAGAUAGCCCUGCUGGUUCUUUCCGUGGUCAUGUUCCUUGCCUUCCUGCUCUGGGAGAAGCGUUAUGCCAAGGACCCCAUCAUGCCAUUGUCAGUCUUUCAAGCGCCGACCUUCACAGCUUUGGUCUUUGUUGUGCUCUUGAGCUACAUGGCAUUCGGAAUCGGGCUUUGGUACUCAACAAGCUGGCAGUACCUCCUGCGCGGAGUAUCUGUCACCCGAAUUGGCAUUCAUUGGGUGCCAUUCGGGCUCAGCUCUGUGCUCGCUGUAUUUAUCGCAGCAUGGCUAAUCCCCCGCGUUGCAGCGCAAUGGAUCAUGGCGAUCGGUGUGACUGUUACUCUGGUUGGCAAUAUCCUCCUCGCGACAAUGCCAGUACAACAAACGUACUGGGCGCAGGUCUUCCCAGCCAUGGUUCUCUACGGUUUCUGCCCCGACUUGGUAUACGUCGCCGCACAAGUGAUUGCCAGCAACAGCGUCAGUCGUCGUCAACAGGGCGUAGCGAGUAGUCUGAUUGGAACUCUGAACCUUUACGGAAACAGUUUAGGUCAAGGAUUUGCUGGGACGAUUGAGACGGAGAUUGGGACAAACAACAACGAUGAGGUUAGAGGAUACAGGGCAGCUCUGUAUUUUGCGGCUGGCCUGGCACUGCUUGGCUUGGCUUUGGAUAUCUUGUUUGUCAGGGUGCCGAAGGAUCAGCGCGAAGGAUGGGAUGAUCCGUCCGAUAGCGGUGAACAAGAGCUGAAUGGCAUGACUACCGCUAUUGAGGGACGGGCCUCACUGCGAACUUGAGCCGUGUGUUGGAAUGAGAAACGGUGAUUUGAAAGAGAGGACAUGUUGGCUCAAAAUAAACACCUAUUCAGUCGAGGUGGACGGUCCACUGUUUCUCCCCUUUGAAUCCUUGUAUGGGUCCGACCGUGGGGGAAGGAUGAAUCAGACCAGACCCGUCGUUGCCUGAGCAUGGAAAAACAGCAUUCAUAAUCUGCCUGUAUGUUACAAUGUCUGCUUGAAGCUAGGAGGCAAAGGAUCUUGAACCCCGACAUAGUCCGUCGGUCGGGUUUCCUGGCUAAAUAUAACUACAUGAUAAGAAUUGGAAAUAACAAGAAUGAAAACCUGGAAGUGUCUAAGCCUUAUGGGCCCAUGGUCAAUGCACAGCAAAAGGACCCAAAACUCCGUUCAAGAACAGCCGAUGCUUCAAGGGUA